AAAAAGAAAAACCUAUAAACUCUUGACACCUGUCGCCGAGAGACGUUUCUUCUGUCUCUAAAUUUAGAGACGUUUCUAUCCAAAUAUUUUGUUUUUGAUUUAAUUAAAUCACCUAAAAAUUUAAAAGACUCUAUUUAAAGACUCCAUUGCACAUGCUCUCAUUAGCUUUUGGUUUUAGUUCUUAUUCCUUCUCUCUGUUCUUGAGAGUUUUUUAAUUUUCUCAAAUUUUUUUUCAGAAAAGAAGAAUGGUUGCAAUACUUAGACCACAUUAAGUAAAACGAGAGACUUGAAUCAGUUUCAGUUACAUCUCAUCAUUACAGGUUUGAUUUCUUGGUCCUUUACAUGAAUAAUACUGUGUUUAACACUCUUAGGUCGAUUAUUAUUUGCACAGUUCAUCAAAAGCAGGUUUUGGUUACAAUAAACUUUUCUCUAGAACAAUUGGAACGUGUUUUGGAUACAAGAUCAAACCUGGUGAAGUUUUAUAUUGGACAAAAAACAGAAGAGGGCAACAACUGCUGCAAAAACCGGUUGCAAGAUGAUCACAUCUUCUUGAGUUACUAUGUGUGUUUGUUGCUUGGAACAAUGCAACUUAUGGCAUUGAUUCUCUCCCAGGCUAGGCAAGCUCUUCUCACGCAAAGAAUUGCUUCAGCACUUCAAGCAGCCAUGACCACGUUUUUGCUGGUAUCAUCCUCUCAUCCUCUCUCAACUGAAAGAUAUGCUUCCCAAAGUCCCUAUCAAUCGCCUUAAUGGCAUAAGGGAUAGGUCUUGAGUUAAAGAUGAACGGCGAUGGAAUUUAAGAAGAAGCAAGUUUUCAAUCACAAUUAUUCACCGGAUCUUCAAAGAGGAGUAAAAUUGGCGAAGAAACAGCGGUUUUACUGGAGGAUGUAGUUCUGAUUGGAGUGUUUUCCAUGGAUUAUGCUCUUCAAAUUUCGGUUUUCCGGCGAACUCGACGUCAUCGACGGCGUCUUCUCACCCUCAACCGACAUUCUCUCCUAAGACUUCCACGUGUUAUACACGUGUGUUAAAAUUAUCAACCCUUAUCUCUUGUGGUUUGGGUUAUAAUUGGGUUUAAAUUUGUAAGUUUUGGGCUUUCAAAACUGCUGUAAUUUGCUCAUAUAUGGGCUUUCGUUAUAAAACGAA